AUGCGAUACGAUUACAACUUCGUGAAGGACAACAACGUCCUAAGCGAUGCCGACAAGGACCGCAUCGUCUGUAUCGUGCUCAACGCCACUAUCGCCGGCGCCGACCUACCUAUCGACUGGGAUACCGCAGCCACGGCUUUCGGUUCCAAGUCGGCCAAAUCCUUCAAGCAGUCAUUCACAGAUAGUCUCAAGAAGAUCACGAAGGCAGGCGGAGGCAGCCACGAGCCGGGCACCCAAGCCGCCACGAUGGCUACAACGGCAACUGGUGACGGCGAUGGCGCCACACCUGAGCCCGUCACGCCGGCUAAGAAGAAAGCUGCACCGAGAAAGCGUAAGACGAAGGCUGACGGUGAGGGCGCGGAGGAGGAACCCGUGACCCCGGCCAAGAAGAAGGCGACGCCGCGCAAGAAGAAGGGGGAAACGGCUGUGAAGAGCGAGAUCAAGGCGGAAGGGGAGGGGGAGGAGGAUGUGAUGUGA